CACACACACACACACGCACACACACGCACACGCACACGCGCACAGAAUCUGAUGGACGUCUCACACACCAUCUGUCUAUCUGCUGAAUAUGCGGACAGACCACAUCGCACGAAUGACGCGGACACAACGAACACAGAGGGCCGAGAACAGAGAGGCCUCACAGCUGGAGAAAAGCAAUACGCACCCAUACAGCCAUCAGAGACCCCUCAAUCAGUCUGACCUCACACUCACACCACGGUGAGCACCUCCAUUUCAUUGGCCAUGAAGUACUCAUUGCACCCAAACACAGCAUUGUCAUCCCAAUUCCUCACCCCCACAUAGCCCUCAGGCACCCCGGUGAUGACCUGACGGCAGCUGCGCAUAUCAACAUCCCGUGGCUGGAGCCAUGGCUGGAGUUUGGCUUUGCGUUGGGCGAUCACCCAACUGCCACCCUCACUGCCCAACUCUAGACACGGGAUGAAACCCAGACUGAUCCACAGCAUCGGCCCAUUCACUGACCCCUCCCGCCCGGCCACACACACAAACCCUUUCCCCCCCUCUAUCUUGGUGGGCUUGUCGAAAUGGCCGGCCAGUGAGAAAUGCCACACAUCACACUCGUAUUUGGUCUUGCCUCUUGGGUCGUCGGGCACCCGGAUUCCGGUACUGAUGAAGGUGCCGAAGGCGUACUUGUCCUCGCGGAUAACGAACACCAGGCCUCUCGCAUGGCCCACACACCGCAGCAAAUCGCCAUACGACGGCCCGUCACGUGAUGCGCUGAAUGAAGAAGAACGCACACGCACACACGCACGCAGACACACACAGAUAGGCACACGGAGUCAAACGAUGGACGAUGCCAAUGACAAGAGCAGCGUACCUGUAGAUGAGCUUCAGUCUGCCCGCAGUUGUCGGUCCGAGAAACCGAUAGAGUGCCGCCGACUGGAGCGCAUCAAAAUUUGCACCCUCGAUCACCUGCAAUCAAAAAUCAGAAGGCAGGAUGAUCAACACAUCUAUACUCUCUCUCGCUGACGUGUGUGUGACCUUGAGUGAGAGCAGUGACCGGCCGCUGAGACGAAUCACCUCCACUUCAUCGGCCAUGAAGAACUCACUGCCCCCAAACACAGCCCAGCCAUACUCAUUCCUCACCCCAACAUAGCCAUCAGGCACAUGACUGCGGGGGAUGCGAUGACAGCAGCUGCGCAUAUUACCACUUCUGACGCCAAAAUACAGUUCGUCGAUCUCCAGCUUCGCCCCACCCACUGUCCCCUCCGGCCCGGCCACAUGCACACCCCUGCCUCCCCCCAUCCUGGUCGGUGUCUCGAAGUGGCCGGCCAGAGAGAAUCUCCACACAUCACACAUGUAGGCGCUGCUGAAGCUUCUUGGGUCGUCUGGCAGCUGGAUGCCGGCACUCGUAUAGACGCCAAAAACGUACUUGUCCUUGCGGAUGAGGAACACCAGGCCCUUCGUGUUGCCCACACAGCGCAGCAAAUCGCCGUACCCUGCGCCGUCACGCGAAGCCCUAAGAACAUCAGAGACAGCGGAGAAAGACACAUGAUUGGUUGCAGUGUCUGUGAUGUGGUUUGUGCGUCGCACCUGUACAGCAGAGUGAAUUUACAUUCGUCCCACAUGCCGGGCGCCAAGGUGGAGUGGAGGGACGCACACUCAGUCGAACUCAGACCGCUGCCAACGACCACCUGCAUACACAAAGGGGGAGGUGAGGGCAAUUGUGACGCUGCAAUCACCCCAUGGGCAUUCUCACCUGGGGGUCGGGCGAUUGAUUGUCCUCGUCUGUCGUGCUGCGACUUGAGAGGGAUGUGAAGAUACCGAGGAUGUAUGAUGCCACGAGCGAUAACCAAGACCUUCGCCUGGGCUCUGUCGUCCUGCGAGUCGAGAGGGCCGUGAUGUCUUCCACCGCACCGUCAGACGCACUGACGAUGCCAUCAUCAUCCUGAUAAAGCACAACGGAGAUUUACAAGAAGCGAGUCGCCGCCUUGUUGUCUGCGUCAGUCUCACCUCUGGUAUGUCACUCAGUCGAUCGUCGGCAGUAACAGUGACUGCCGACUUGACUGACGAACGAGACCACACCUGCACACACAAAAUCACAAUGCCUCCCCCCCUGUGUGGGUGUCCAUUUCUCGGCGCCUCAGUGACCACAGACGGCAGCCCCUGUCGGUGGCUGCGUGUGUCGCUCCUGUGGAUCUUGUUUGGCGGCCUCUCGUUGGUCAGGCGACUCUCUGACGGAACAAUCUGCAUGGCAACGCAGAUAGCCAGAACAGAUUGUCACACACAGAGAUGGAUGACCGGUCUUGGUUUGCGUACGCUCAUGGUAUUUGGCCCCGAGUGCUGUGAUCGCUGGUCGAGCGGCCGAUUGCCGGCAGCAGGAUCGUCGUCUGGUGGACAGGUGGUGGUCUGCAGCUCACACGGCAGACACACAAAGGCCUCACUUUCCGCCGUAGUGUCAGUACGGCGAGUGUAUUACCUGUCGGCUGAGGUCGAUGGUCGAUCCGAUGAGCUGAUGUGCCACUCGAAUGUCAUCACCAGCCCGGAUGUCUAGAUAUGAGCUGAUGUGCCCCGACAGAGUGAGAGGCCGGGCUGGGGGAUGCGGGUGGGGCGGAUGUAUUGGGGAAGCCGACACCGACGCCUCUUCUCGGGCCUGAAACGAAAACAGAUGGAGGGCGUCGUGAGUGUUUGUUUUGUCUCUCUUGGCUUGCUCACACUCAUGGUAUUUCGCCUCGAGUACUGCGAUUGCCGGUGCAGCGGUCGAUGAGCGUCAGCCCUCGGCCGCUGAUGACUCACCCUAUCGUUAGGACGACGGCCGAUGAAUCCAUCCGCCAUUCGCACCGCAGCCGCCUCGUCAACCACUUGGCCCUGCAAGACAUCACAGGAGAAACAUACGUGAACGAACAAGGGAUUCACAUCAAAUAAGGGAUACCAGGCGGUCGUUUGGUUGCAUUGUCGUCGGCCGAUAGGCGCCACCAGGAAAUGCCCUCUCAAGCCCGCCACACUCGUUUUUGGUACUGUCAUGGCAGCUGCCUCGCUCUCUACCACGGUCGCCCUGCAGUUCAAAGAUAAACCAGUACUCAGAGAGAAGAAAAAAUCCAUUCACGUAGCUGCGCUCUGCGUACCUUUCUACUGCUGUCUGCUGGGUGUUCUACGGCAGUAGCAGCGAAGGUUUGUGCUGGCACCGAUUGCUCUCCUCCAAGGCUCUGACACGACACAGCAUGGGGCGCCUUGGUUCUGUGAGCGCUGUCUUUUUUGCGUCUUACGCGGAUGUCAUCUGAUGCUACAACCCCGGGCAAACAGCGGGGCCGAUUGGGAGGAGGACGGGAGGGGUCAAGUAGCCAGAAAUCCUGAAGACCAACACACCGUGAACAUACGCAACAUUACACUCUUUGUCUGUUCCACCUGUGGGCAUCGGUUCUUGAAUGCGGCAAUCCAGGUAUCGCUGGCCGAAAAACCACGGACGCCCACUCGAUUGGCGAUCUCCGUUGACUUACUCUUGAUGGCAGUGUGAAGAAUAAUCCUCGGCUGCGGAUAGCCUGUAAUCCAUUGCUGCAGCUCCGUCUCAAGCUGCUGCGUAGCCAGAGGUGACGGUGGAGCGGGCUGAGAAGACAGGUCCGGUGUCGCCGACUGGUAAGAGAGGGGAAUGGGUAGGGGAUGGGGGUACGGUGGAUGCAUCGGGGGGGCGGGUCGCCCGGCGGCUGCAGCAGCAGAGAUGUGCAGCUCCGGCUGGUGGAUAAGUGGAAGGGGAAGGGGAUAGGGAUAAAGUUGGUGGAUCGGGGGAUGAGAAGACGCCGCCGCCGCAGCCGACACAGAUUGCCCUCCUUCCCGGCUCUGCAACGGCACAAAAGAUGUGGUUAGAACAUAAGAUGAAGAGUGUGACGUGUCGAUUGCUUGUCACGUGAUUAGUCAGCUGCAACGCGGCUUGAGUGCCAUCCGAUGUGUCGUAUCCGGGCAAAGCGUGGAUCCCUUCUUGCGGGAAGGCGUCGAAGUGUUGGUCGCGCGUCAUGCCGUCAGUGUCAAUCGGGGGAGGUGAGAGGGUAGUUACGGCAGCAGCAGCAGCAGCAGCAGCAGCAGCGAGAGGCUGAUCGGCCGAAGUAAAACCCUGGACAGGCAAAGGCGAUAGACGUGCGGUCGACCCCUUCCUACCUUCAUUCCAUCGGUGUCGUUAUUGCCUGCUGCUGCUGCAGCGGCAGGUGUGUCAGAGGACGGAAAAGGAUUCUGAAAAAGCAGGCAUGGAGAUCAAUGAAGAGUGAACCUCCCACUAUCCCCUAUCUGUGUGCUCCUUUCCCACCUGCUUGUAUCGUCUCCUGAAGUUCUUGAUCCAGUUGUCGCUCGCCAAGAACCCAGUGACGCCCAAUCGACUGGCAAUCUCAAUCGCCUUGGUCCUGAUAUUCCCUGUGGGAAGGCUCGUUGGGUCAUCAUGGGUGGCCAUCCACUGCCGCAUCUCGUCCUCAAUUGGCUGAUACUUGGGCUGUCUGUUGCGCUUCUUGGUGUGGUCGGCGGUCUGCACGCCGGCCUCCCUCUGCUUCUUGAUGGCAUAGUACCACUGCUUGAAGCGCCCAGGGGGGAUGCCCUUCUCCCUCUCGAACUGAGGCAUCGAGAUGGACUCUCCGCUGCUCUUUCGCCUCUCGAACUCAUCCACCAGCUGCAGCCGCUCGCCGAUCGUCACCUCGCCCGCAUUCUUUGUGCACACCUGAACUCAAGUGAACACACAGACAGAAAAGACGGACAUUUGGGUGUGUUUGUGAGUGGGUGCAGUCAUUUCACCUGUGAGUUCGAUUGACGGCAUGAUGUGGGCAGAGUUGGUGGGAGUGAACUUGUGCGAUGACGUGAGGCUGGAGAUCCUUCGGCAACUGGCUGGCCCAUAGCCAUCAAUGGAUGACUGAAAAGCGACUGCUGUUCGGGGAUACCUUUGAUCCACUCCUGGAAGACAGCAUCGAACUCUUGAUCGCCCAUCGACUACGCGAAAAACCAUACCACGCUCAUGUUCCCCUACCGUCAUUCCAUCGGUGUCGUUACUGCCUGCUGCUGCUGCUGCUGCAGCGGCAGGUGGGUCAGAGGACGGAAAAGGAUUCUGCAAAAGCAGACAUGAAUCCACGAAGGACGAUCUUGUCACUGCGGGCACUCUGUCUGUCCACCUGCAUAUCGUUGAUAUUGUCAGCAAGGGAUAGAGGCGGUGACGCAGAUGGUCCAGGAGGAUUCUGAAGAGACAGUGACGCAUCGACUAUGCCACAAGAAUCAUUGCACCGUACCUGUGGCUCGUUGCCAUCUUGGGGUGCUUCCUGGAGCGCCGUCGCCCCGUCACCCUGAACAAGCAAAGCACAAGGAGAUGACAAGCAAACGUGCGAAAGAGUGAUGUGUGGUGAGAAAACACAUCACCUGUGUGAGGGGGUUGCCAAGCUCGUCCAUCAUUUGCCUCUUCUCGCGGGAAGCGAUGAGAUGCGAUCGGGAAAGACGCAGAUGAGCUUGCACGAGAAAGGUGGCGGGCGGAGUGUUCUGUUGGAUGCCUCUCUGUGGGUGCUGUCUUGUCUGCAGGUCCUCUCGUGGGAUUACAAGGCAAGAUCUCCCCAAACUGCGUGUUCUGGAAGCUUCUUACGCACUUCUUUGACUGCGUGGCUGGCACUGGUGGCUCGAG